AUGGAGCUCAACUCGGCAGCGAUACACGAUGUCAUCCAUCCCACGGCCGUCUUCAACCAAAGCCAGGCAUCGGCCCGGCGCGAAGCUCCGACGCCGUCAAAGGGUGUCCUUUGGGAGGAUUCCCAGCUUAACCCAAAGAACCGGCUAGACAGCCUCGAGCUUCCUCUGGCUCCCCUCUUCAGGAUUGACGGCUGCACAGGCCUGGGAACGCAGUAUUAUGCCGUACCGAUCUUUCUCCCCGACAUGCCGCCGAUCCGCUUCGACGUCUUCAUCCCAGAAGAAGCGGUCACCUCUCCAAUUCUCCGCGAGCUACUGGAUUUGAACGUCGCCUUCCACACGAAAGACGCACCGAGACUCCGUCGACUUGGCAUUUCUGCCUAUAUAGUUCGCGUGCUGCAGGCCUGGAUAUCAGAGGGCGGUUAUGGCACUUAUUCGUCACUCUCUGAAGCAAUGCCCUUUGGCUCCCGCAUCAUCUUCGAGGCUCUGAACUUCGACAUCCACAAGACGAAGAUCUCUGUUGUGCCGACUUACUAUGUGGAGAGGCAGCUGCUAGGGGUGUCGAGACUGGAUGAGAGUCUUGGCGUUGCCCCUGGCCUCCUCCCGAAGGCCGUCGACGUCGGGAGCUUGAAGAUCCUCCGGGUAUUGUACGAGAGUGUCUGCCUCGUCCGUAUGCCGAACCAUGGGCCCGACAACAAAAACGACAGUCUGUGGAUUUUCAAGGCUCUAGCUAGCAGCACCAAAUACCUAUUCGUGGAGUUGCGAAAUCUUCUACAGAUGGAACCGCACCCCAACGUCAUUUCGAGGCCUGAUUAUCUCGUCACCAAGCGCUGCUUGUUCGGCGGCAAGACAGCGGUGGUCGGUUUCCUUUUGCCCUUCCACGAACCUGGUAGUGUCCGCGAUACACUCCCGCUGCUGCGCAUCCACAACCGCCUGAGCUUAGAACAGCAGGUGAAAUGGGCCCAUACAACUGACGUCGGCCGUCUUGCACAUCUGUGA